UUGGGAGGAGCUUCGGGAUUUUCCCCCUUGUUUCACGCCACUCUCGAGUGAAGACUCGUUUGCAAAAGGAGAUAUAGGGGGGAAGGUGUCGGCACAGCCUCGAUCUGGCAUCUUUCGAUAAAAUGAGCCCACCAGACACAUGCAACAGCACAGAGGAAGGGGAGGCUGGUGAAACUGAUAUCUCCAUACUGUUUAACGACAGCAUGGGUUUGCACCCAUCUGGUUUCCACACUGACAUCACCAAGCACCUUGGAGUCCAGAUCACCCUGAUAACAGCUUACUCCCUAAUCAUUCUGCUGGGGCUGCUGGGCAAUGCUCUUGUCAUCUACAUGAUUAUUCGCUACAGAAACAUGCGAACAGUGACCAACUUCUUCAUAGCUAACCUGGCCCUGGCAGACCUCCUAGUGAACACUCUCUGUUUGCCCUUCACUCUGGUCUACACUUUGUUAGAUGAAUGGAAGUUUGGGGCAGUGCUGUGCCACAUGGUGCCGUUUGCCCAGGCCCUGAGUGUGCAUGUAUCCAUCUUUACCAUGACUGUCAUUGCUUUGGAGCGUUACCGCUGCAUUGUCUUCCACCUCGGUCGGCGCCUCACGUGGCACUCCAGCUUCCUCAUCAUGGCAUUCACCUGGACUAUGUCUGCUGUGUUGGCAGCACCCCUGGCCAUCUUCAGAGAGCACCGCAAUGAAGAGAUACCUUCCAUCAACCUGCGUAUCGCUGUCUGCUCAGAGAAGUGGCCCCAUGGGAACAGCAGGGAUGGAGUCAUCUACAGCCUCUCAAUGCUGCUCCUACAGUACAUUAUUCCUUUAGCCAUCAUUAGCUAUGCCUACAUCUGCAUCUGGGUCAAACUGAAGAAUCACGUCAGCCCAUCCAGCCGCAACGACAGCAUAAACCGCCGCAAAAAGACCACCAAGAUGUUGGCGCUGGUGGUGGUGGUCUUUGCUAUCUGCUGGUUGCCAUUCCAUGUGUUUCAGCUGGCCAGUGAUCUAGACCUGGUGCUCAGGCUUAAGGAGUACAAACUGAUAUACACAGUGUUCCAUAUAGUGGCUAUGUGUUCAACUUUUACUAAUCCUCUCCUGUAUGGGUGGAUGAAUAAAAACUACCGGAAUGGCUUCCUUAUGGUCUUCCGUUGUGAGGACAAGCCAGAUUCUUUCCAUCCUGAGGGUUCGUUCAGGACACGCUCCAUAAGAGGGCUGACUCUGAAUGGUCGUAAUGGUGGACACCCUCCCACUGCUGUAUGAGACUAAGAGAAUUUAAAAAACCCGUAGAAUAUGAUUGAACGCAUUGAUUACACCUCUGGUCUCUGGUGCUAGUGGUUCAGAAGUAGCCUUUCGACUUGAAUGGUCUGAUCUUGAGCAUCUCUGUGAGCUGGAGAGGGCUCAAAGCUUUGCAUGUAAAUCGCUCGAUGUAAGGCUCUUCUUUCCGUUGUGAACAUUACUGGUGAAAAUACAUUUGUAGAAUCUAUUCAAAUAUGUGCUGAAGAUGUUUACUAAGGUGUUAAGUAACUUGGUACAAUGUAUAAUGUGUUUCCUGUAAACUCAGAGCUCUUGUUAGUAAGUAAUGUCCAAUUAAUUAUGCACUGCAAUGCAUACAUUGCUUAUCUGUGGCAAUUAAUGUACUCAUACUUACUGUGGGGAAGAUGGUGAUUAUUGAGACUGUGAGUACAAGAUACAUUUUUCACACGUGUUUUUCUAUGUGUUGGCUGUUGAAAACAUUUGGAUGAUUUUCACUUAACUGUAAUUAAUCCAAAACGCAGGAUUUUGGAUUAAUUACAGUGUUCGAGUAACAUUCAGUCCUUGUCCAAGGCAUCCAGAGAAGGCUACCGCUGAUUUUCUGUCCAGCCAUGAAGUUAAUUGUGUUCACCAGCUGUUUCUGAUCAGAUGGACCAGCAGGACUCUGUGGCCAACGAAAUGGGAUUGAAAACCACUGAACUGUGUGAAGUGAGAGCAACAAGUUCUUGAUUUCUUCAUCACAGAAUGGGGGCAGCUGCUUUGAAGAUAUGUAAAAAAAAAAUGGAUCUGGAAGAAUUCAUAAUGUGCAGUUCUAUAUUCAUUACACUUAGCUGCAGAUAAAGUGUCCUUUGCUGGUGGUCUUUCAAUGAGGGGAAACAUGAACAUUAAUCAACAACAGGGCCUCACAGGGCACACACAUAUAUAGCCCUUAUUGUACACACUGCUCCCAGAGUUAACUCCCAGAGUUUAACGCUUAGGAGAAAUUAUGGUUCAUGCCUUCAUGUCAAAUAAAGAGACACUGGCUUGAAUAAGUAGACUGAAGUAAGGUAAAUGCUUGUCGGAUUUUGUCUGGGUGCAUAAUAAAACUGAAAAUUGUGGCAUGUUACAAUAUGUAUUGAACAAGUGAUGCCAUACUUAAACUAUUUUUUAAAAAAUGGGGGUAGUAUUUAUUGCAUGUACUGUGGUGCAUGUACCCUGCAUACUUAGGGUAAUACAGGAAAAAUAAAGUUCAACUCCCUGAACCUGACAGCUGGAAAAGCCAUCUAUAGAUGGGAAGAUAGUCUAAAUAGAGGGGAAAUAGAAGCUAUCAAAGCAUUUUUUUAAAUGCAAAGGUGAAGUUAGAAGUCCUAUAUAUAAACCUUCAGACUUGAUUUUGAACAAAAAUCAGAGGACACAAAUAACAUCCAA